GCUAGGUUAUUUUGGUCAAAUGACAACAUCGGCAAAACCUCAUUCUGCAUUUCAUAGUAAAAUAACAAGGAGUCUGUUGUCACAAGAGCGAAAAGGACGUGAAAAUUUACAUGUGCAAACUUGGAUAGAAAUAUCAUUAGUUUUCUAGUGCAGAAAUGUCUUCUGAGAGGCAGAGACUUCGUCCAUGGUUGGAAGAAAUGAUCAACAGCGCGGACAUUCCCGGUUUGUGUUGGACUGACAAAGAAAAAACAACUUUCCGCGUAACGUGGAAGCAUGCAGGUAAACCCGACUUCGACCUGGAUCGAGAUGCAGCUCUAUUCCGAAAAUGGGCAGAGCACACUGGAAAAUACAAACCGGGCGAGCAACCGGACCCAUCCACGUGGAAGACACGGUUCAGAUGUGCUUUGCACAAGAUGCCUGACAUCGAAGAGAUUCGAGUUCCUCACAGUUUGGACGACAAAGAACCUUUCCGAGUCUUUCGUCUGAAACCGAAAGCGAAUUCACCCAGACGAGGCUCACCACAGACUCAAUCUCCCUCCCCGCCCGCGGAGUAUACAGGGUUCCAAAAAGCGUUCACUCCUUAUGUGCAAUCAAAUUACCCCCAGCAUUUCAUCAGCCCACCACCAAGAUACUCUGACAUGUUCACGUUCGCAUCGCCUUUGAGCACAGGAUCGUCAAGUUCCUCAGAAUCCCUGGACAGUAAUAGCAACUACAUGUCUAUGGGUGACGACCUAGACCACAUCACCCCCACCCUACCCCCGGUAAUGCCAAAUGGACUUUUCGAGGAGACCAUAGCAGAGGAAGAAGCGAAUGAACGGUUAUUUUACGAUCUGUAUGGCACUCUAAGUAGCCUGGGGUACCCGCUGAUACAAGGAAACGCAGGCGACUACGGACAAGAACAAACGCUCACUGAACUCACAAACAUGCCUUUACACGGAGAGGGAUUGGGCACUAGCGGAGGUGACGUAGGUGUUAUGUCGCCGUUUGAAAUGGCAGCUAUGGACGUGAAGAACAGCGUUUGUAGCGGUUUUCAGGCCGGACUACUGCGAAUGCUGCAGUCAGAGACAAACACAAACAACAAAGGACUUGAUCUGAUGCCACUCUCACAAGUCCACACCAAACCAGAAAAAAGCUUCAUAAACACCUGUUUCCCCACGUAUGGCCAGACUACACCGAUGGAAGUGAUGGAGAUCCCUACAUCCAGUUCUCAUUCAGGAAGCCAGGUUGAGAUUGCGGAGCUAGCCAGACUUAUGGCAGAAACCAAGAGCCAAGUGGAUCUAUCAGACUGCAGUCUGCUUGUCCGUCUCUUCUACGAUGAAAAAGAGGUCACAAACUUUGGUCUUGGAAAGAGCGACUUUAACUGGCGGAUGUGUUACGGAAAACCGGUCAAACCGGAUCCAGACUGGAACCUAAGCCUGUACAGCCAGAUUUACGGGCCACCAAGCGCCAAGUUGAUUGAGUUCCCACAAAAGACGUGCUCAAAGGAGACCGAGAUGGUUCUGAUGAACUUCAACCGCGGACUUGUUCUUGAGAUGAUGCCAGAGGGAAACUUGUGGGUCAAAAGACUUAGCAUUUCAAAGGUGUAUUAUAUUGGCUCAUCCAAGCAGCCAGGGAAGCUACUUCGCGAGAACAGCACCAAAGUGUUCGACUUUGAAGACUUCCAAAGGAGGCUCCGCAGCAGUAAGAAUGGUAAAUGCGCACCACCAAGCUAUGACGUCACCUUCACACUCGGUCAGCCGAAUGGGGGACUGGUGUGUAUUGUGGUCACGCAUGCGCUUGCGAAGCAAAUGAUGUUGGAGCAGCAAGCAGGCGAGCAAUGCAUUUCGGAUCCAAACAACAACGAUAAACUCGCUUGUGACAUGCAGAGUCAGCUGAGAUAGAUAAAGAGUCUUGUUACUAAAAAGUUACCAAAUGAUUUUUAAUACAGUAAAAUGUCAAGAAAACAAUUAUGGAUAUAAGGCAUACUAAAGGCGUCUUCUUUUCGUGUACCGUUUCAAAUGAAAAUGAACAAAGUCGAGUGUUUCAUCUUCAUUUCCACACAUUUGCAUUUGGAACGGCACAUGAAAGGAACGGCGUCUUAAUUUUACCUUACAGUCAUAAUUAAAAAUUUACUUUACUUUAUUGUCGCAAAAAAAGUUAUUAUGGUGAUGGUUACGAUGGAAGAUAAUAUAAUGCAUGUUUAUAAUAGCGUAUAGCCACAGUGAGACUUUGCAUCUAGAUAGAGCUCGAUACUAAUAUUAUAUAUUCUUCUUUUAUAAAGAAAAUCAAAAAAACUAAACCCAUAUAGAAACUAAUACGUUUUAUUACGUUCGUACUUGUAUUCCUUAAUUUUCCCAAAGUUCUUUAUAAGUCAAAUGAACGAGGCGUAGACAGAACAUCCCCUGCGCUUGACACAAUCCCAGUAAAACGUUUUCAACGUUUUGCGAACUCUCGCCGACAAUUUCCAACUAAUAAAUGAUGGAAGCCAACCUAGUACCAGGCUUUCUUACCGGGUUUCCUGUGCUCUGAUGUGAACCGUGAGGUAGCCUGGGGGCUGGGACGAGCUCAUUCCUGUGACGUCACAACUCUUACCAUCCACUGGAUGGAAGCCAAAAAGUGGUUUAGCAGUAGCAAGUUGACAAGUGUUGUCAAGAAUUCGCAAUGUAUUGAUAAUGUCAGUUAUGCUGUCUGGAUAUAUAUUGACAGUAAUUCACCUUUUUGUUUUGCUUCUUAUACAUGGAAUAUAUAUAUGUAACCACGGGUUUUAAUGAUAGAAUAGGGUAGCCUAGUAAGCAUUUGCUUCAGUUUUAUGAAGUCUUCUCAAACCUUUAUAAGUGUCCAAGGAGUUGUAUUGAUAAAGUACUAAUAACUUGCUCACACGAGUGUGUAAUGUUUUAUUUUAAAAAUAAACCUUUUUUUACAAGAAA